GGGCCUUCUGUUCUAACGUCAACUUCCUAUUUCACUACGAUCUCUCUCACUCUCUCUUCACAUUUCGCAAUAAUCUUCGUACACAUUAUUUCUUCGCCACAUUUUCAGAUUCUCGAUCGUCCUGCAGAGGAGCAUUGUAUCGUUCUUUCCUCUGCAAGUUUCCAUUCCCAUUGCAAUGGCUGCUGCUACUCUCAGUCCAGCCGAUACCGAGAAACUGUCCAACCUCAAAUCUGCUGUUGCUCAAUUGAGCCAAAUCAGUGAGAAUGAGAAGAACGGAUUCAUCAACCUUGUAGCCCGCUCUCUCAGUGGCGAAGCGCAGCACGUUGAAUGGAGUAAAAUUGAGACCCCUACUGAUGAAGUGGUGGUGCCUUAUGACAGUUUGGCACCAUCUCCUGAAGAUUCUUCAGAGAUAAAGAAGCUCUUGGACAAGCUUGUGGUGCUGAAGCUUAAUGGAGGCCUGGGCACAACCAUGGGCUGUACUGGUCCAAAAUCUGUCAUUGAAGUUCGGGAUGGAUUGACAUUUCUUGAUUUGAUUGUCAAACAAAUUGAGAAUCUGAAUUCCAAAUACGGAAGCAACGUUCCAUUGCUUUUAAUGAACUCUUUCAACACUCAUGACGAUACGCUAAAGAUUGUUGGAAAAUAUAAAAGCUCAAAUAUCGAAAUCCAUACUUUUAACCAGAGCCAAUAUCCUCGAUUGGUUGUUGAUGACUACUUGCCAUUGCCAUCGAAAGGGAAGACUGGCAAGGAUGGAUGGUACCCUCCUGGCCAUGGGGAUGUCUUCCUGUCAUUAUUGAACAGUGGAAAACUUGAUGCAUUGUUAUCACAGGGCAAGGAGUACGUGUUUAUUGCCAAUUCAGACAACUUGGGUGCUAUUGUCGACUUGAAAAUCUUGAGUCAUUUGGUCCAGAAAAAGAACGAGUACUGUAUGGAGGUGACUCCCAAAACAUUGGCUGAUGUGAAGGGUGGCACUUUAAUCUCUUACGAAGGAAGGGUUCAGCUCCUGGAAAUUGCACAAGUCCCAAAUGAUCAUGUGAAUGAAUUCAAGUCGAUAGAGAAGUUCAAAAUUUUCAACACAAAUAAUUUGUGGGUGAACUUAAAUGCAAUUAAAAGGCUUGUUGAAGCUAAUGCUCUCAAGAUGGAAAUUAUUCCUAACCCAAAGGAGGUUGAUGGAGUAAAAGUUCUUCAGCUGGAAACUGCAGCUGGUGCAGCAAUAAGGUUCUUUGACAAUGCUAUAGGGAUCAAUGUGCCUCGAUCCCGGUUCCUUCCAGUGAAGGCAACUUCUGAUUUGCUUCUAGUCCAGUCGGACCUUUACACUUUGCAAGACGGCUCUGUCAUCCGUAACCCAGCAAGAUCAAAUCCUGCAAACCCUGCUAUUGAAUUGGGGCCAGAAUUUAAAAAGGUUAGCGACUUCUUGAGUCGUUUCAAGUCAAUUCCUGGCAUUGCCGAGCUUGACAGUCUUAAAGUGGCCGGUGAUGUAUGGUUUGGAGCUGGUAUUACCCUCAAGGGCAAAAGUAGUAUUGUUGCAAAAGCUGGCGUGAAGCUGGAAUUACCUGAUGGAGCCAAAAUUGAAAACAAGGAAAUUAAUGGCUCUGAGGACCUUUGAAAAAUCUUUUAUAUCAAAGAUGAACGGAUCAUAUCAAAUGGACAAUGUUAUGGCCUCGUAAUGUUGUAUUUUCUUGACUCCUGAGUGUGAUAGAAAAAGAAAAUAAGAGCCACUUUUUUUUUUUUGGGUCGCGGAUAUUUAAAUACUUGGCUUUGCUCAUUGGUUUUGUUAUACUAAGCUCACGAGAGAGUUUAAAAUGGGUUACAUUGUUCA